CAAAUCGAAAAUAAGAACAACAAAUGCCACACGUCUGGUCAACAAUUGACAAAUUUAGACAAUUUUUUUUAGUGUGAGAAUAAAUUGAAACAACGAAAAUAAUAUCAGUUAUUUAUCCCACCUGAAAAACCAAAAGAUAGCCCACAAACGGACAUACAAAGUCGCGAACAGAGCUUAAAGCGGCUUAUGUGCGGUUGUUUAUAAACACAAAUAAAUUGCGAAUAGUGUUGAUUUAAUUACCAAGCCAAGUAAAAAGUGGUUAAAUUACCAAAAAUAAGAAGAAAGAACCCUGAAGAAGAGUCUUAACUCUUUUUCUUUAAACGAUUUACCCAACAAACACCAAAAUCAAAACUGCAACAUCCACCGAAGCUAAACCACGUCUUUAAAAACAAACAACCAAGAAACAAAAAUUUUAAAACAAACAUUACGUUCUACAACCUUAAAGCCAAUAACAAACAACAAACCUACGCUCUUGCAACAAGCCAACCCAUCACCAUCAGUCGAGAAGUAAAAGAAACAACAACUACCGCUCCACAUCACAACAGUAAAGUGCCGCGAUUACAACAAAGCUCCUCACCUCCCACUCACCAGCCAGCGCUCUUUCUCCGCUCUCCCUCUGUGUGUGUGUGUGUCGCUCUCCCACCUGAACCAGCCGUGUCGCUGUCUGUGUAAGCGUCGUGCUUUCGUACUGUGCGUGUGUGUGUGUGUCUGUGUGCGUGUUUUGGCCGUGCCGUGCGUAAUUCGUGUGCAGGUGUGCGUGAGAGCCAGAGUCAGCGAGAGAGAGCGUGUGCGUUGUUGUUGUAUGCUAUGUCAGGGAGCGGGGGCAUCAAGGCGCUCCUUCAGGCGGCUUACUUACUCGAGCAGAAUGAGAAGCUCCUGCAGGCGGGAGGCGGCAACGGUGUCGUCGGAGUGGGCGUGGCCCUGCCCCAGCAGCUGCCGCAACAGCCGUCGCUGCACUGCUCUCUAACCAACGGAAAAACAAUUUCCAUCAUCAACAACAACAACAAUAGCACCAACAUCAACAACAACAACAGCACGAGUCAGCUGAAUAGGAACAGCAGCAGCAGCAGUAACGGUAUUAUUGCCACACCAUCGUUAACGAACGGAAAUGGAAGUGGCAGCAACGGAGUCGGGAUCUUCGGUAACGUAAACGGUCUAACCAAUGGCCACUGCAACACGCGCGGCGGCGUGGGAGAGGAGUACGUUGUCGGCGGCAGCGCUGUCAGCAACGGGCACAGCGAAGGUCGCACCAUCAUCUCGGAGGACGAUACCUCCUCGAGCAACAGAAUCAUCCACCACCCCCCGCAACAUGCAACAGGCAGAGCAGCAGCCGCAACAACAGCCGGCGCUGGGGCUGGGGCAGGUGCAGGGGCAGGGGCAGCAGCUGGAGCAGGAAGAGGAAGCAAUUCCCCAAGCUCUUCCGGUACCGCCUCGCCCUCCUCAUCCGCCUCACCAUCUCAGCCGUCGCCACCCGCGAACAACUCUCCCAACCACUCCCCCACGGGAAGUCGCCCUGCCGUUUUGUUGGUGCCACCAUCCGCCACCACAAAUCCUCUGAAGCACAAGCUCCCUGCCACCUGGAAGGGCACCCUGGUGGAGAUACCGGAAAAGUAUCUCCACUUGCAAGACCUGCAAAGUUAUCCCCAGCAGGAGCAAUCGCAAUCGCAGUCGCGGCAACACUUGGGCCUGGGAAAAUCGAGCUUCACCCUGACCCCGCCCCCAAUGCCCACGCGGAAGGUGGGCGACACGCGCACCCGCUCCUACUCACUCUCCUCCCAUAAAUUUUCAGCACCCGGCCAGGAGGCGCACCACUUUCAGGCCGGCCUGGGCCUGGGCGCCUAUGUCCGGAGCGGCAGUGGCGGCGCCAGCACCGGCCUGCCCUUCCGCUCGAUAUUCAACGUCCAGACGAUCGCCGCGGUGGCCGCUGCGGGCGCUGGUGCGGGAACGGGCGCGGGAGCGAUACCGGGCGCCGGUGUGGGAGCAGUGGCUGGUUCCGCAGCCAUGAACGUCGCCUCCUCCGCCCCCGCCGGCUCCCAGCUGACCGCCCACACCCAACCCGCCCACCUGGGACGAAGGCGCACCACCAGUUCCAACAGCAACGGAGCUGGCACUCGGGAAGUGCACAACAAGUUGGAGAAGAACCGGCGCGCCCAGCUGAAGGAGUGCUACGACCAGCUGAAGAAGGAGCUCCCCAUGAAGGACGAGGACCGCAAGAAGACCUCCAACUUGAUCAUACUCGAUACGGCCCACAAAUAUGUCAGGCAACUGACGGCGCGCAAUCGGGAGCAGGAGGCGGAGGUGGAGCUGUUGGCGAAACAAAAAAUUGAGUUACAGAAGCGUCUCAGCGACAUCAGCAAGCGAUUCAACCUUCAGAGGGACACGCCAACAGACCAGCAGCCGCAGCAGCAGCAGCAACAGAGCAUUCCACAAGCAACCGACAAAGCCGUUUGCCUGGCCCCCAACGCCACAUCCACAUCCACGCCCGCAACCACCGCACCAGGUGCAGGAGCAGCCGGCGCCGCAGGACAACAGCAUCUGACAACAGCAUCCAGUGGUCGCAACGGCACCACCAUCCUGUUCGAGGCAGCCCCCGUCUGUGCCACUGGGCCAACAACUGUGAUAAACAAAACGAAUGCCACACCAGCCAGCAACAUUAGUGCCGCCGCGAACGGCAAUGGCAGCAGUAAACACACUGGAGCUGCCGCCACCGCCGCCCUCACCCCGGCCAUCGGGUUCAUGACACUGAAGAGUGGCAACGGCAACAGCUUACUGGCAAUCUCACCAACGGCUAUCGCUAUCCAGCAGCAGCAGGCCCAGCAAUUGCAACUGCAGCAGCAGCAUCAUCACAGUAGCCCAGCGGGCAGUCCAAGCAGCAACGGAGCCGCAGGAGGCGGGGCUGGUGCCGGAGCUGGAGUGGUGGGUGCCACCAUUACGAGGGGAUCGCCCACUCCGUCGACGCCAUCGCCGUCGCCGAGCUCCUCGUCGAGCGGCGUCUCCUCGUCGGCCUCGUUUAUCGGUUCGUCGUCCUCCUCCUCCUCAUCGUCCUCCUCGUCGUCCUCCUCAUCGUCGUCGUCGUCCAGCUCGUCGUCCAGUUCGUCCUCGCCCACGCAGCAAACCCCCACGGCAACGGCCACCGCCCAUCUGGUGGGUGCUCGGAGUGUGAACCUCAAGUUCCACGGUGGGGCAGGUGGUGGAGCCACCGCCUUAAAUGGCGGAGCCACCAUUGUGGCUGCAGCAGUGCCCACAUCGGGUGGAGGAGCGAAUGGCUUCCAUCAAACGGACAAGGAUCGCAACUACAAUUUCCUGAUGCUGAGUGCUGGAACAACCGCGCAGUAACACACCAACAAACACCACAGAAGGGUUUUAACAACUAAAAAGAACAACUGAAAUGUGUGCAACAGCUCCCACCUUAUAAGAUGUAAUAACAACAACAACAACAACUAGAAGAACUACAACACUUUUUUUUUUACAAAAAAAAGAAAAAAAAAAGAAAACUAAAAAGAAUGAAAAAAACUGAAGGCGUGUUUUUUACUCUUCGCACACAUCAAACAACAAACAACCUGAAAGCUGUCAUUUUUGCAUGAUAUUUCAACAACAACAAACAGUUCCGCCCAACACAUUAGCAUCGAUUUUGAAAAUCAAAAAACCAGAAGAGAGGGAGAUUAUUUUUAAAAAUGUCAUUGUUUUGUAGAAGAACAUCAAGCAACAACAGCCCGGGGGAGUUAGUUACCGAAAAGAGGUACAAAAACAAACAAAACACACCAACAAUACACCACAGAAGACCAACAACAAAGCAGAACAUUUCAACAACAACAAGGAAAACAAUAAGAAUCGGAAGCAAUAGGCAGUGAGCGGCAAAAAAAUGUUCAACAACAAUAUUCAACAACAAAAUUAACAACAAAAACGUCAACCAUGUUCAACAACAGCAACAACCGGCAUACAAAUCCCAACAACAUGCAACUUUUUUAUCAACAAAACAUCCACAACAACCCAUAUAUAUAUAUAUAUAUGUUUAGAAGAGCAUAUACACGUAUACCUAAAUCUAAUUGUACUACUUUAUAGAGAAGAAAUAGAUCUAUCAGAAAACAAAAACACCAAGCAACAUUUCAAAACCGUAUAAGAGUGGCACACCCAUAAACUAAAAAACAAAAACCAACAAAAAACUAAAAAACCGAAAGCUAGACAAAAAAAACGAUAAAAAAAACAAAAGCAUAUAUAGAAAAAAUAUAAAGAAAAAAAAAACCAAAAUGCGCUGUUGUAACAGAAACCACCAAUGGGUAACGCUUUAUAAAUAUAUACACAUACACACAUAUAUAUAUAUAUGAGUAAAUAUAUAUAUAUAUAACUAUUAUAUAUAUAUAUACCUAAAACUAAAACGAAAGUCAAGCAAAAUAUAAUUAAAAAAACAUGUCAGAUUUCCAUAAUCAGUGUGGCAAGUAGUUAACUUUCUGAAUUCAGAAAUCGGAAAUCUUGAAUCUGUAAUCUGAUUUUCUUGACCAAACUAAAGAACCGAACCAGAAACCUUAGCAAUAAUGGCGAAACCAUAACGAUAACGAUAACUAUUCUAAAUUUUUCUCACACCCUCCCCAACGUCUAUCGAUUUGAAAAAACCUUUUUCGAAAACUGAAACAUGAAGCAGAAAUCAAAUUAGAGUGUUUGUGUGUAUGUACCGUGUGUGUAGCCCAGCAUUAAUCAUAGAAAUAUUGAAUAGUGUAAACCAGAAAUAUAUAUAUAUAUAUACAUAUAUUAUUAAUAUUGAAAACUGAAGCGAGAGAGCAUGAACGAGAGCGAGAUGGGAGGAUGGUGGGAGUGCGAGGAAGAUGGCGCGAGUGUUGUAUCUUGUAUCUGUGUAAUACCCAUUUGAAUUAGAAACUAAACGUAGAGAGCUAAUUGUGUAGCAAAAAUUUGUGUAAUAGUGCAAUAAGCUAACAGAAUCCCUUACCAUCCCCCACCCCCCGCCCUUCAUUAUGUGUAAGCCCUCAAGAUUUGUUAAAGAAUUUAACUGAUAAUCUGUAUCUUUUUCAUUUUUUUAAUUUGUUGUUCGGUGGAAAAAAACAAACCCACAUACCCGAUAGUCGAUAGUGCGUUUUAUGGCCAAAAAGCAGCUUCUAAAGUGUUUAAUUUAUUCUUGCCGCCUUAUUGCCAUUAACCGCACUGUAUCACCAAUCAAAGUAGGCAAGAUAACGCAUCUCCUAAAUCAGCCCAAAAAACCAUUUGAUACAAAAAUUAAAUCGUUUGAAAAAAGCUUACAACAAUAUUUAUAUACAAGAGGGAAAACAAAAAAUGAUAGCAUAGAAUAGAAAAAAAUGAGAAUAAGCUAACAACAAAAAAUAAUAAUAUAAGCAAAAGGGAAAUCUAGCAAAAAUCAGCAAAACAACAAAAAAAAAAAAACUAAAUGUUAUAUUUUGGAGCAUUUUUUUCAAUGUGUAUGUGUUAGAGUAUAUAUAUAUAUAUAUAGCCCUAGAUAAAAACGGAAGGAGGAGGAGGAGGAGCAUGGAGGUGGAGAAUUGAUAAAAGUAUUAGCAAAAGAUAUCUCUUGAACAAUAACGAAAUGGACAGGCAGCGAGGAAAAUGCAAAGGAGGGCAGAGAUUUCUUGUCCCCAAACAAAAAUUGGUAAUUAGAAGUCUUUCCUUUUUUUUUUUUUUUAACAUAUAUCGGGGUAAUGAACAUAAAGCUAUAUAUCAUCUAUCUAAAUAUAUAUAUGUAUACACGAACUAAAGCUAGUAGAAGGAGGAGCGACGACAGGAGGAUAGGGCGAUAAAUAGGGAAAUGAUAGAACAGAGCGUGAAAUUUUCGAUAUAUUUUGUAAAUACUUUAAAGCGACCGGAAACGGAAACGGACCCGCAAAUGGGAACAGAAGCAGAAAAACUGUCAACAUAACUGUCAAGUAAAAAACAAUUUU